AUGUCGUCCCCCAGAAAACACGUCGUCUUCGACAUCGUGGGCACCUGCAUGUCCUAUGAUGCGAUCUAUCGCGCUAUCGAUACCCGCCUCGGGCCCAAAUUGGCUGAAUACAAUAUUAAGCCCGCUUUACUUGGCUUCGCCUGGAUUGAGGCCGCCGAGCGCGAGUACACAUAUCUAAGCAUCCAAGGCCGUUAUCGCCGCUUCUACGACAUCUUCGGCAGCCUCUUUUACCGCAUGCUCUACCAAGCCGGCGUGCCCGAGCCGCGGCAGCUCGCCACGGACGAUGAUAUCGCCUUCAUUAUGGACCGCUUUCUUGAGCUUGAGGCCCGGCCCGGCAUUAAGGAAUGUUUCACGCUUCUCCGCGAGGCGGGCUUCACGGUCUGGGCGUUCACCGCAGGUGAUGUCAAACGAGUGGGAGGCUACUUCGAGAGGGCCGGCAUCGAGAUGCCCGCGGAGAACCUGCGUAGUUGCGACGCUGACGGGCUGGGCAAGCCGGAUCCCAGGGCGUACAAGACUCAAUUAGAGAGCUUCAACGGGGAGGAGGCGUGGUUUGCCGCGGCGCACAUGUGGGAUGCAUCGGCGGCCAAGGGAUGCGGGUUCAAGGGCGCGUGGUGCAGCGUGUAUGAGAAGGAGCCGUGCGUGGAUUUGUUUGGCGAGAUGGACGUGAUGGCGGAUGAGCUGCCGGAGAUGGCACGGAAGAUCAUAGCCGCCUCCGAAGGCCGGGCAGUAUGA